CGGUACUCGUGCAUACCUACCAAUGAACUGGAGUUACGACGCGAUGCUGGAAUAAAUACACCGAAUGCGGUGACAUCUCGUGCAAUAUCCAGGAGGAAAACUGUGUCAACAAACUUUUCAGCUCUCGCCAAAGUAUAUCUCACAGCAUCCCGCAAAAGUCGUAGGCUCAUCAGAAUAUUCAAUACAACCCAACCCGUUUGACUUGAUAGUGAGGGAAAAGUAAAGUAUUUUUUAUUCAAUAUAAAAUGAUAACAAAAAUGGAUCCCAUCUUGAGGCCCCUUCUACUGUCUCCGAAACUAGUUCAACGCUGCUGGGACCGUCGCUAACAUGAUGUUUACCUGGAACUGGACUGCACUUCUGUGCGCCCUACUCUCUAUCCUUUCGGUCUGUGUAGCAGAUAUACCUCAGACAAACUACGAUGUGAUCAUUAUUGGCGGUGGUCCUUCUGGCCUUAGCGCAGCGAGUGCCUUGUCUCGUGUCCUGCGGAAAUCGGUCCUCUUCGACUCUGGCGAGUACCGCAACAACCCUACUAGACACAUGCACGAUGUGAUUGGAAACGACCAUGUCGUGCCCGCCGAGUUUCGGCAAACCGCCCGUGAGCAAAUCUCCUUUUACAACGCGACAACAUUCAUAGAUCAAAAGGUGACCAAACUCGAAAAGAUCAGGGAUAGUGUUUUCCAAGCAACUGUCGGGGAACAGCAAUAUACAGCUCGCAAGGUCAUCCUAGGCAGUGGAAUGAAAGACAAUUUGCCGAAUGUCCCAGGUCUCCAGGAAGGCUUCGGGAAAGGUAUCUUCUGGUGUCCGUGGUGCGACGGGUUCGAGCACCGCAACCAGUCUAUGGGAGUCCUGGGAAAUUUCUCCGAGGCAUACGGUGCUGUUAGAGAACUGCACCCGACCUUGUACAAGGGUAUCAGAAUCUACGCGAACGGAACCAACACCACAGAGCAGAUCGCAAUCCUGGAUAAGAACCACCCUAACUGGAGAAAGGUGUUCCAGGCAUAUAAUGUGACAGCCAAUAACAAGCCCAUUCUUAACAUCACCCGUAUUCAGGAUGGAGGCGUUGUGUAUGAUCCCGCGACCCGUCAGGAGUUCGACAAGUUCCAAAUCUACUUCGCCGAUAACACCUCCGAGGUGCGCGGCGCGUUCAUCACGAACUAUGAUACGUCGCAGAGGUCAGAUCUGCCCGCUCAGCUCGGUGUGGAAAUGCUGGGGUCCAAGAUGAACACGCUGCGCAAGGGCCUGCGAACUAGCGUUCCGGGCGUUUGGGGUGUUGGAGACGCCAACAGCGAUAACAGCACUAAUGUUCCCCAUGCCAUGUCUAGUGGGAAGUCGGCGGCUGUCUACUGCCAUGUUGAAUUGGCUCAAGAGGAGCUCGACCGCGACGCCGGGCUGGAGAAAAGAGAAACCGAGUUUGACGAGGACUCCUUCCAUGAGACAACCGAAAGACAGAUGGGUAGCGAGAUCCAGGACCUGUACAAGAGACUCAGCCGACGUUAGACUUUAAACCACCCAUGUCUCGGGUUCCUUGCGUGGUAUCCUCACGCAUAAAACUAAGGGGUACAUUGGUGAGAGUAUGUUAGAUAACUAUCUACUACAGAGAUCCACAGAGCAUAUAAUACAUAAUCCUAAUUGAUUAA